UUUGCAUUGCAUAAAGAACGUUCUUUUGUUCUUUUGUUCAUUCUUUCAUUCUUAUUUCACUCUCACCUCCUAAUUAAACAUUACAACGUUCUUUAGCACAUCUCCAAAAUGGCUGAGGUCAACCUCCAGGAAAUCCACGAUCUUUUGAUCGAAAUUGCUCAUGAAGCAGGUCGUAUGAUCAUGUCCGCGACCCCUUCAUACCUGAGUUCUGGAACCAAGAUGAAUAGUAAGUAAUAUCCAUUCUUGGACUCUUCAUGAUCAAUCAAUUGCCCCUGCAUAAUAUCUUCUAACAUCCCUCCUCAUCUAGCCGCCGACCUCGUAACAGAAACCGAUAAAGCAGUCGAAGCAAUGGUCUCUACCCACCUCACCUCCGCCUACCCAACAUACUCUUUCAUUGGUGAAGAAACCUUCGUCAAAGGCGAAACCAAACUUACCUCCGCUCCAACAUUCAUCUGCGAUCCCAUAGAUGGGACAACAAACUUCGUGCAUGCCUAUCCCGCCUUUUGUAUCUCUCUUGGUUUUGUCAUCGAGAAAAUACCUAGUGUGGGGGUUAUAUAUAAUCCAUUCACCGGGGACCUUUUUAGUGGUAUCAAAGGCCACGGCUCAUUCGUAACACGCAAGGAUGGAGAAAAAUUCAGUUUACCGCUUAAGAAAGAACCAGAACCAUUAAAAGAUUUAAGUACUUGUCUCGUGAGCGCAGAAUGGGGCUCCGAUCGCUCAGGACAUAAUUUCGAUCUCAAAUGUGAUGUUUUUAGAAAGUUAUCGGCAGCAAAAGAAGAUGGAGGUUCGAUGGUACAUUCGCUGAGGGGCUUGGGAAGUGCAGCUUUGAAUUUAGUACAUGUGGCUAGUGGACAACAAGAUGUUUUUUGGGAGGGAGGUUGUUGGGCUUGGGAUGUUGCGGCUGGUUGGUGUAUUUUGGUUGAAGCUGGUGGUAUUAUGGUUGGAGGAAAUCCGGGACAAUGGGAUUGUGAGGUUGAUGGGAGGAAGUAUUUGGCUAUUAGAGGAGCACCCAGUGGUCAAAAGGAGAUUGUGGAGGAGUUUUGGAAGGUGAUGGGGGAUAGAAAAUUGAUUUAUGAGAGUUAGGGGAGUACAAAAUAUGAUACCUAGAUUCGUUAUGGAUGAGAUGUGGGCGAGAAUAAACAACAUACCUAUGAUUAGACGAAAUUAAAGUAUUCUUUUCCACCGAUUUUU